UUGAAGCUGCAGCAAACGACGUCUCCAGGAGAGAUCAUAGCAGCUACGACUGUUUUGUGCUGUUCCUUCUGACGCACGGUGACGUUGCAGGAGUGUUGGGCACAGACGGACAGCACGUGUCUGUGGACAGCAUCGUUUCUAGUUUCCAGGCCUGUCAGAGUCUUGUGGGGAAGCCAAAAAUCUUCUUCGUUCAGGCUUGUAGAGGAGUUGACAUGGAUCCGGGCCAUGAACUCACGGACACUACCACAGAUGAAGACGGCGACACCUCUCCAGUCGGGAGAGAAGCAUCAGAUGGAGCACCAGAUCAGGCAACUGAGUCACCGCCUCCUCCAACAACCGCACCAGCCACAUCUGCAGCAGGUUUGGAGAGUCCUGACGCCGGAGAGAGAACCUUACCAACGACGAGCGACCGGCUGGUGAUGUACGCUACAGUACAUGGUCACGUGUCUUGGAGGAACUCCGACACAGGCACAUGGUUGGUCCAGGUUCUUGCUGACGUCAUCACAGAACACGCCGAGACGGAGACGCUACAGGAAAUGCUAACAAGGGUAAACGCCAAAGUUGCAGACUUCAAAACUCAACACCAAGAGUACAAGCAGCAACCGGAAGUGACGCACACACUACGCAAGAAGCUCUACUUCUUCCCUCAGGCUGCAGUUGACCAGAAUCCUUAGCGCCAACUUUCCCAUUUUCAAUUUUGAAUACAUAAAUGAUGCUAUGAUUAAAGGCAUAUUGGGACUAGACCAAUCUAUAAUCAAAUUCCUCCAAUUGAAAUAUAUUUGUAUCAGAAAAGUCUAUUGCGGUAGUUUAGCCUGACUUACCAUACGUAAAUAUGUAUGUCGGAAAGGGAUGGACCUUCAGUAGUGUCCAUCAUUUCAAGCUCCCUAUGGGAGUGACCUAUUGUAUCGUUUGUAGCAUGUUGCUACUUCUAUGCACACUAUUUCAAAGCAGUUGUGGAGUUGUAAAAGACGUUAUAUUCCAAGUUAACGAUAGAAAAAUAUCCAUAUCGCAGGAAUAUGUUGAACUUUUAACUUUUACUUCAGGAGGACUUU